UGUAAUGAAUUAAAGUUAUCACGUGUUAUCAGAAUAGUAAUAAUAAUCAUAGAAAUUAUUGUAGGAGUAGUUCAUUAUUUUACGAUUGGAGUGGGGGGAUCCUUCGGUAUGAAUGGAAGCACAAUAUUUUGUACAACCAGUACAUAUUGUAAAUUCUGUAAGUGUUAGUCGUGACAUUUGUUUAUAGUGCUCACUAACUUACUUUCGUUAGUUUUGAAUCAAUUUAUAUAAAAUUGAAAAAAAUUGAAAAACAACAAAAAUGAUAAAAUAUCUUAAUUCGUUACUCUCGUUGUUUAAAUAAUUAAGUUAAUUUUAUCGGAAUAAUAAGUAUAGGUACAGAUACAAGCUUGAGCAAUGAACAAAAAAUUGAUCGACAUCGACGGGUUAUUAGAAGAGGUGGGCGAAUUUGGAAAAUAUCAAAAAAAAAAUAUAUUUUAUCUCGGACUGUCGUUACUGUUCACGGCAUCGUCCACCAUGUCGUUCGUGUUCACCACGGGAGACAUGAACUACAGAUGCCAGAUAAACGAAUGCGAUGUUUCUGAGACGUCAUUCGAAUACUGGCCACCGUGGCUGAACAAGACCGUACCGUUUGAUGCUGACGAACAUGGGCUGUCCAAGUGUUCGCGGUACGUGUUGAACAACAGUCCGAACAACACCAACGCCACCGACAGACGCGUCUUUCAAUGUGACGAAAGUGACUACAACAGGUCUUCGAUAGCGCAGUGCGAUGAAUUCGUCUUCGAAUCCGGUGGGGAGACAACGAUAGUUUCCGCGUUCAAUAUAUUUUGCAAAAACAACAAGUGGAAACUGACGAUCGUAGGGACCCUCAACAACAUUGGUCAGUUUUUCUCUUUACCCAUAUCCGGCUUUUUGUCAGACAAGUACGGCAGGAAAAACAUUAUCAUUGUUGGAAGUGUAUUGGCAGCGACAUGUGGUAUUUUACGCGGGCUGUCAAUAAAUUAUACCAUGUUCAUGGUAUUGGAAUUUUUCGACGCUUUUUUUUCCGGUGGAGUUUACAGUGCUACUUUUAUAAUGGGUAUCGGGCUAGUUGGAGGCAAACACAGAGUUUUUGCGAGUACCGUUUUGAGUGCUUACUAUCCAAUCGGCGAGGCAUUAGUUGGAGUAUUGUUUUGGUACGUUCAAGACUGGAGGAAAUUCUUGAUAUUCGUAAACUUACCGGGAUUGGGUUUCGCGUUGGCCUACACAAUUAUUCCAGAGUCUGUUCGUUGGAUGAUCACCGCUGGAAAAAUCAACGAGGCCGUAGAGGAACUGAAAUACAUUGCGAAAUACAACGGAAAAAAACUAUCAGAAGAGACUCUGAAAAAACUCGAAACGUAUAAAAGCUCCAACGAAAAAGAGAUCGAAAUAGAAGAAAUUACGACGCGUACGACGAGCUGUUCUAGCCAGCAAGCAUUUAAACGUGCUAUGACUUCAAAGCGCUUAAUAUUACGAGUGAUCAACUGUUCGUUCUGUUGGAUGAUCAAUACGCUCAUUUACUACGGCCUGUCUAUGAGUUCGGGUUCAAUAGUGGGUAACCGGUACGGGAACUUCAUUCUGUGCAGCCUGGUUGAAAUCCCGGCGUUGUUCUUGGUGAUCAAGAUCAUGAACAACUGCGGCCGGAGAGAAUCGCAAUGUGCCACGCUCCUGGUGUGCAGUACUCUAUGUAUUUCGAUCGCGUUCGUCCCAAAACACGCGGUCAUCUUAAAUGUAUUCCUAUACCUAAUUGGAAAGUUCUCCAUAACCAUUUCGUUCGUAAUACUCUACAUGUACACUGCCGAAAUGUUCCCAACGGAAAUCCGACAUUCCCUGUUCGGUAUAUGCUCCAUGUUCGGCAGAAUUGGUUCAAUGGUGGCACCACAAACUCCAUUAUUAGUUACUUAUUUCGGCGAAUUGUCACCGUUACUACUCUUCAGCAUAUCCGCUCUACUGUCUGGAUUGCUUGCACUACUGUUUCCAGAAACUCUCAAUAAAAAAAUGCCGGACACAGUUUUGGAAGCCGAACAAAUUGGCAACUCCACCAGUUGAUUUACCUACGGCUUCGGACUGUACAUUAUUAAAAAGCGCAUUAAAAAAUCUUAAGAAAAAUUAAACGUCAAUUUAAUUUAUUUACAUAAUAAUUUAUAAAUUAUUUUGAAGUUAGUUUUAUUGUGUUUAAAACAAAACAUCAACACUCGAUAGAUUUAUAUUGAUGCAGUGUAUAUGUGUAAAGUGUUUUUGUUUGGAUGACAUUUUGACAUACAUACACAUUAUAGAUUUAUGUAAUGUAAUGUUUUGAAAAAUGUGUUUUAAGACUUAUUUGAAAAAAAAAACUCAAUAUAUUUUACACUAUUUUAAUGUGGAUUUA